AUGUUGAGCAUCCUUGCCAAUUUACUGUUGUGGUCAAUAUUGGGAUGCUUGGGAAGAAUCGCUUUGAUAGAGCUCACCAAUUAUCCACACUCAUACAUUAACACAGGAAUCAAUAUAGGCACCUGCCUCUGGGUCAAUUUUGCAGCUUGCUUGAUUAUAAGCGCUAUUAACCGCAAUAGAAUACCGAACAAGAAUGACAAUAGCAAAGGCCCUUUGUAUAUCGGUUUAACUGUGGGGUUUUGUGGCACUCUGAGUACCUUUUCAAGCCUCAUCAUGGAAGCAAGCCUUAAGGCCUUCGAUAUAUCCGAUGGCACACAUGAUAUGAGAUAUAAGAAUAGCGCAUAUGGAAUAAUGGAAUGGUUAAGUGUUAUUUUGGUCCAAUUUGGAGUGUCUUCGUUAGGCUUCCUGAUAGGCCAAACUAUAAAUAUUCAGGAAUAUUUGGGAUAUGUUACAAAGUACAGGACACCUGAAAAUGAUCGUUAUUUCAGGUAUGCAGUGAUUAUUGGGAGCAUACUGCUUCUCUUGUUGAUUCUCUUCUUAGCAAUUUUCCUCCCAGAUUCCAACUUUUUCAGGCACUGGGCAACAUCAAUUUGUUUUGCGCCGGUCGGUUGCUUCCUAAGGUAUUUCUUAAGCCAGCAGUUGAAUGGCACCUUAAAGCGUACGGGUAUAUUUCUGGGAACACUCAUAUGCAACCUAGUGGCAGUACUGGUCGAAUCCAUAUGUUUUUUGCUACUUAGAAUCUCUCUUAUCACAAGGAAAACUGAUAUAACUGUACUUAAUAGUAUUAUUGUUGGUUUUUGUGGGACAUUGAGUACCACAUCAACACUUAUGGUGGAAUUGGCAUCUCUCACACCUGUUCAUAGAUACAAGUAUUUCACUGCUUCUGUUUUUCUCAGUUUUUUAUUCCCGGUACUAAUAAUAGGAGUUUACAAUUGGACGAGAGGGUUGUCACCAGAUUGA